CCAGCACAAGCCGACAGAAGAAGUCUGAUUUCGGCAAAUUCAUAAAAAUAAAAAUAAAAAGAGAGAAAAAGGAGAAAACUCUCUAUCUCUCUCUCUGUCUCUCUCCGCUAUCUCAUGCCGUUUCUCUGCCAUUCCUAUGGAUUCCAAGCCCCAAUCUUCAGCAAAUAGUCCUCCUCCAAAACCUUGGGAACGAGCAGGUGGCUCAUCUGGCCCUGCACCAUUCAAACCUCCCUCAGCUGGAAACACAAGUGAUGUAGUUGAGGCAUCAGGAACUGCAAACCAUGGAGAAAUUGUUUCAACUUCUGAUAGGAGUGCAACUGCUAACAGAAAUGCUCUAGGUAGGCCUGCUCCUCCUAGGCCUUGGGAGCAAAACUAUGGAAAUAGCAGUUAUGGAGGUUAUGGUUCUACCAUGAACUAUAACUCAGGCUAUGGUUCUGGAAUGUAUAGUUCAUAUGGAGGUGGGAUAGGUGGAACGUAUGGUGGUGGAUUGUAUGGCAACAGCAUGUACAGGGGAGGGUAUGGGGGUGGUCUUUAUGGAUCUUCUGGAAUGUAUGGUGGUGGAAUGUAUAAUGGUGGUUUUGGAGGCCCAAUGGGUGGUUAUGGAAUGGGCAUGGGUGGCCCUUAUGGAGCUGAAGAUCCAAAUAAUCCAUUUGGUGGUCCUCCAUCUCCACCAGGGUUUUGGAUGUCAGUUCUCCGGGUGAUGCAAGGUGUGGUGAACUUCUUUGGUCGCAUAUCAAUUCUCAUAGACCAGAACACUCAAGCAUUCCAUAUGUUCAUGACUGCACUUCUUCAGCUUUUUGAUCGCUCUGGCAUGUUAUAUGGAGAACUUGCCAGAUUUGUAUUGAGGAUACUAGGGGUUAGAACAAAGCCCAAGAAGGUUCAACCGCCGGGUCCUGAUGGACUUCCACUCCCUGGUCCCCAGAACCACAACUACAUUGAGGGACCGAAGGCUGCUCCUAGUGGUUCUUGGGACAAUGUUUGGGGGAAUGACGCUAACAAGUAAAUGAAAGGACAACCACUUUGCUUUCUCCCCCAGAUUCUGCUGCGAUCCAUAAGAGCAGAAAACUCUCUCUCUCUCACUCUGAAGAACGGUAUGAGCCAGAUUUGAGUGUCAUUAUGAGUUGCGUAAUAAUCAGUACAUCAUGACUUUGUAUCGAAUUUGCUUUGUUGCAUUUGAUAAAUAGUCCAGUAAAAGUAAUAAUGUUCACCUAUAUUGUGAAUUGUAUGUUGAUUUUGUGCUCUAUAGUUUGAAAGAAAAAAUUACAUGUAUUAUUUCACAUUA